AUGACCGAUCCGCUUUCAAAUGAAAUUGAAAAGUGUCUCGAGCUUCUCGGCCCUUCUACCUCUGACGAGGAAAAGUUUGUGGCCCUCAUGUUAUUACCACGCCUCCUCCAGCAGGACCCGAAUAACGUCAAAGUAGUUUUCGAAGCCAUGGAUUUCAAGUUCCUGGAAAGACUCUUGAGAACGAAAAGCUCAACCACCUCAGAAGUAUCCGAAACAACCUUAAAAGCGAUAGCUGUUCAGAUAAUAUACUGUUUUUGUGGUUUGGAUGAACUGUUAUCAAAAAAGCAAUUGUUUACACGAAUUCCUUCUCUAGCAAAUUCGAUAACACCGAAUGAUAAUAAUGAAAUGACCAAAGAUAUCUUGAAGAUCUUUAUGAGACUAUCGUCAGUGCAAGAUGCAUUGAUUCGAAUGACAGAAACAAAAACACUUUCCAAAAUACUUUUAUGCGUAACUUCUAGCCAGGAUGAGGAGGUGAAAAACUUGGGGUUACUAGUUAUUCGCCAUAUUGCACACGGUAUCUUGACUAUAUUAGCCAAAGAAGAAAAAUUCCAAAAUACGAUUUCGCUGGAAGAUACUUUGUCUCCGAUCCUUUUUGGACUGUCUUCUUCAUUUCGUAUUAAUCAAAUUCAACUGAAAUUUGAUAUUCUUGAAACCCUUACUGAGAUUUUUUCCAAUUUUCCUGAACAGGGAAACAUUAAUUUUAAACCACAACAAUCGACUAUUUGGCUACAGAAUAUGAGGUUUGGCUUGCGUGAAAUCUUAAGCAGUAGAAUUGGCCCACAACAACGUGACAUGGCACUCUCGCUUAUUCACCAUUUGUUAUUUCAUUUUGGUGCUGAAUGGUUAUUUGCAUCACCCGGAAAACCAGAAAGUAAAGACACGAAAUUCGGCGCUUUGGUUGUCCAACUUGCUUGUGUGGAGAUUCGCCUGAUUUUAGAUGAACUAGCGGAACAACAAUCAAAAAAUAACAUAGAUAUAAACUCGCGACAUGAGCAAACGCUACCAGCCUGUUAUUUUAUUUUGGAGAAAACUAUCGAAUAUCUAUCACAAAUAUCUGAAGGUGACGAUGAAGAGAGUGCGAUGGCAACAUUUGCCAGUAAUUUUGAUCCUGAUCUGUUGUUGCGUCUGCGGAGUACUAUGACAGAAACAUUCCGUAUAAUUCUCGAGUAUCUAAUAGAUGUUAAGAAUGGCCUGGUCUCUAUCGAACAAGCUGCACAUGAUUCAACAAUUCUUGCUAGCAUUCGAGUACUAUCAGCUUGGCUGUCCGAAGAAGAUUCACUAGAAAAAGAAGUUAGCUCAAUAAUGCCUCUAUUUAUUGAUUUAGCUCGUUAUAGAUUAAAAAAUAAUAUGGAUUCAAGUCUAUUAAAUAUUCUCACGCCUGCUUUCUUGAAUCUCACAUCACAAGAUGCCCCACGUGAAGCAUUUAUCGAUCACAAUGGACAGGAUAUUCUGUUCACUCAUAUAACCAAAACUUGGCCAAAUUUUCUGAUCAAUGACUUUGAGACGAAUUAUAACAAUCUUCUUGGUCCAUUGCAAAUUUUACUGAAUCUUCUUGUCGCCGAAAGAGAAAAUUUUAUCGCGCCGAAUGAAAAUGAAAUCUGGGAAAUCGUCAAAAUUGGGGAACAAAUUGUUCAAGUUUUUGGUUCGAAAUUAAAAUCAGAAGGUUAUCCACCAUCUAUGGCAAAUCAAAUGAUUCUUAUAGCGAAUACAUUGUUAUUUUGCCUUUUAGUGAUCUCGUCAACUGAACAAUUUGAUUUAACGGAGAAAGCAACGGCAGAGAAUAUAACUCGACUUGCCGUUAAUUUCUAUCAAGACAAAAAGAAAUUAAUGUCCGAACCGAGCAUUUUGAGACAAAUUGAGGAAUUAGUCUUCUUGGGUGAAAGAAUUGUGAAGUGA